UCUAAUCUUCCUUCAACCGAGUUCACGACCGAACCGCCCAUUGCACGUUAGAACCUUAUGUACCUCAACGGUUAGAAAUCAUGUUUGCUUUUGUCAAUUUGUGAGAAGCUCUUCAACUGUUGGAAUAUAUUAAAAUGGCUGAUGAAGACAAGCUUCAGCCGUUAAUGUUUCUUAUGACCUAUAUGCUGAUGAAGCGCAGAAGAGACAUAAACAACGCGGAUACACAGAGACUCAAUGAGGUGAAGAGACGUAUCCGCCACAGACAAUACUUCUUCCAAAGACAGAGGCGAAUGCUCAUGAUGCUGACAGCUCGAGACGUGCGCUGCAGCUGUGACAUCCGUACCCGACCCUGGACCAGCACGGAGUGCACUGAUUGGUGGGAGCGGGUAGUGAUGACUGAGUUCCAGCCCUCUGAUUGGCUGGAGAAGUUCCGCAUGAGCCGGGAGACCUUCUUCUUCCUGUGUGGCAAGCUGAAACCCCGCCUGGCUCGCCAGGACACCCACUUCCGCCGGGCGCUUCCGCUGGAGAAGCGUGUGGCGGUUGCCCUGUGGCGGCUGGCGUCCAACAUUGAGUACCGCACCAUCAGUGGGCUGUUUGGCGUGGGCAGCUCCACGGUGUGUAAGUGUGUGAGGGACGUGUGUCACGCCAUUGUCACACUACUCCGGCCCGUCUACCUAUGCUCGCCCAGCGUACAGGAAGUAGAAGACUCUGCACGUCACUUCCUAUCUCGCUGGGGCUUCCCUCACUGCGUGGGCGCCGUGGCAACCCUCCACACUGCCAUCCUCACGCCGUCCGCUAACGUGACCAACUACGCCAACCCAGACGGGUGGCUCUCUGUGGUCUCCCAGGUGGCUGUGAACGGGCUGGGUCAGUUCUGGGACGUCUGUGCUGGUUUCCCUGGCAGCACUGAGCCGACAGCCAUCUUGCAGAACUCAGCACUUUGGGCGUCGGCCUCUGAGGGCGUGCUGUCACCUGACCCACCCCCGAGCUUCAUGGGAAAACCCCUGAGAUAUGUGUUGUUGGGGGAGUCAGGGUACCCCCUCCAGCCCUGGCUGAUGAAGGCCUAUUCCAAGAAGAAGGAGGAGGAUGAUGUGGAGGAGGAGGAAGGGGGGCACGCGGAGGCCCGGAGGGCCUUCAACCAGCGAUUUGUGCGGGCGUGGCGUGGGGCGGCAACGGCGCUUCUUCGCCUGCGGGCGCGCUGGCAAUGCCUGAGCAAGAGGAACGACUGCAGCCUGGACGUGGUGCCCACCAUGAUCCUGGCCUGCUGCAUCCUGCAUAACGUGUGUGAGGCCCAUGGAGAUUUGUUCCGGGGGGAAUGGCAUGGCGAGGUGACCAAGGGUGAGAACCCCCAGCCUGGUCACACUGCGGGACACGCCCCCUCUCCCUCUGGAACUUCAGACCACCUCCAGGGUGAGGAGGUCAGAAAAUUGUUCUGUCACUACUUCCAGCAGUCACAACUACAACAACAGGACUAAUGGAAUGGACAGUGUUGUGAUAGGGAAAAAAUCUAGAAUUCUCCCCAAGAUUCUCACGACUGUAUACAUAGCCCUGGCCAGCAUUCCAGUUACUGUCCCUACCUGUAUUCAUAAAGCAUCUCAGAAUAGUAGGUAGUGCUGAUCUAAGAUCAGCUUGGCCUUUUUAGAUCAUAGUGAACAAGAUUAUGGACAGGGGGGACCUGAUCCUAGAUCUGCACUCCUAUUCUGAGAUACUUUCUCUCUCUCUCGUGCAACUCCUCUCUGUUCUGUUACUGUUUUUUGGGGGUUUUGUUCUCUCGUAGGUUGUUAGUUUGUCUAAAUAGUUGUGUAGCUCAGUGAUCAUGUGCAUAUGGGGUAUAUAGUCAUGCUUUUUAUUGAUGCACAAUACAAGUUACAUUUUCUGUUCUGUCUGUCACUACAUUUGUAUCUACGGUUACACUGACAUUGUUCUAUGCCCCGAUUUAAAAAAGAAAAAAAAUAGAACAUUGUUCUAGCUACCUAGUACAUACACUGCACUUUUUGUAGCUGUAAAUAAGAUCUACUGUCUCCAAUCUCCUACUCUUCCUCUACUGGAAGAAAUCCUAUGGGAAACACUUCCAGCUGACAGAGCUGCCCUCUUAGCAGAGAAUGUGGACAUUCUUGUCUUUCUGAAAAAUAACUUUCAAAUAGAAUGACUGUCACUGAAUAUAAGCUGAAGGUGAGCAGGCUUAAAAUGCAUUCGGAAAGUAUUCAGAUCUCUCUACUUUUGACACAUUUUGUUAUAUUGCAGCCUUAUUUAAAAAUAAAUGUAUAAUAAUUAUUCUCAUCAAUCUACACACAAUAUCCCAUAAUGACAAAGCGAAAAUGUUUUUUUCUGAAUGUUUAUUUAUUUAUUACGAAUAAAAAACAGAAAUACCUUACAUAAGUAUUCAGACCCUUUGCUAUGAGACUUGAAAUUGAACUCAGGUGCAUCCUGUUUCCAUUGAUCAUCCUUGAGAUGUUUCUACAACUUGAUUGGAGUCCACCUGUGGUAAAUUAAAUUGAUUGGAUAUGAUUUGGACAAGCACACAGUUGACAGUGCAUGUCAGAGCAAAAACCAAGCCAUGAGGUCGAAGGAAUUGUCCUUACAGCUCCGAGACAGGAUUGUGUCGCGGCACAGAUCUAGGGAAGAGUACAAAAAAAUGUCUGCAGACUUGAAAGUCCCCAAGAACACAGUGGCCUCCAUCAUUCUUAAAUUGAAGAAGUUUGGAACCACCAAGACUCUUCCCAGAGCUGACCACCCGGCCAAACUGAGCAAUCGGGGGAGAAGGGCCUUGGUCAGGGAGGUGACCGAGAACCCGAUGGUCACUCUGACAAAGCUCCAGAGUUCCUCUGUGGAGAUAGGAGAACCUUCCAGAAGUACAACCAUCUCUGCAGCACUCCAACAAUCAGGCCUUUAUGGUAGAGUGGCCAUACAGAAGCAGCACCUCAGUAAAAGGCACAUGACAGCCCACUUGGAGUUUGCCAAAAGGCACCUAAAGGACUCAGACCAUGAGAAACGAGAUUCUCUGAUCUGAUGAAACCAAGAUGCAACUUUGGCCUGAAAGCCAAGCAUCAAAUCUGGAAGAAACCUGGCCCCAUCCCUACGGUGAAGCAUGGUGGUGGUGGCAGCAUCAUGCUGUGGGGAUGUUUUUCAGCGGCAGGGACUGGGAGACUAGUCAGGAUUGAGGGAAAGAUGAACGGAGCAAUGUACAGAGAGAUCCUUGAUGAAAACCUGCUCCAGAGCAUUCAGGGCAUCAGACUGGGGCAAAGGUUCACCUUCCAACAGAACAGCAACCCUAGGCACAUAGUCUCUGAAUAUCCUUGAGUGGCACAGCCAGAGCCCGGACUUGAACCCGUAUUGUGUGUAGAUUGAUGAAAGGAAAACAUAAUUAAAUUACAUUUUUAAUAAGGCUGUAACGUAGCAAAAUGUGGAAAAAGUCAAGGGGCUUGAAUACUUUCCGUAUGUGCUGGUGAUUUGAAUUGAUUGUGGUCUACUGCAGUUAAAUGUAUGUUGUAAUGAGCAUGAUUUCCUUUCUGUGCCGAACACCCGUUAUACCCCUAGACAAGACCUUUUUACAACAUUUUAGUAAUUAGCAGACGCUCUUAUCCAGAGCGACAUACAAUAGCAAUUAGGGUUAAGUGCCUUGCUCAAGGGCAGAUCAACAUAUUUUUCACCUAGUCGGUUCAGGGAUUCUAACCAGCAACCUUUCUGUUACUGGUACAACUCUUAACUGCUAGGCUACCUUCCAUCUUUAACCCAGCUGCAGACUGGCUUCACAGUGCGAUAAAUAAGGGGGAUCCUCCCCACUGGAGUCGUGAAACUCAGGACCCCACUAGAACCAAUGAGAGUUCUCCUGGUGCAGCCUGGCCUGCAGGCCGGGAUUCAGGAGCACUGAGGUGUCGUAACUCUCAGGGCGCCGCCCCUAACCACGGUGUAGUCCAGCCUCUCUUGUUCUUAUAAAGCACCACUGGUCCAGGAGCCUUCUGGAGAUGUCCGUCCAUCUAAUCUGGGCUCUCCCUCUCUGUGUGCUCUUUGUUUCCAGCUUCAGCCUGACAGUUGUUGCUCAUUACCUCAGCACCCUGCAGUCCACCGUACAAAUCAGCAGCAGUGCUAUCCCUGCUGAGGCACCCCAGCUGACUCACAUCUCUUUUGUAGCAGCUUCGGAUUUCACCUGGGUCAUUCCAGGGAGUUCCCGGAAUCUUUGGAUCUCCCCUAGGAGGUUGUGUGUGACCUCAUAGGUGUUCCGUGGGUUGUAUGCAAUUUCUUGUGGGUGGCUGUAUGGAUGGUUCUGUGUUAUGUAGAGCUUGUCCACUCUGAAUCCCAUAUAGCCUUCCUGUCUGACUCUGAAUACAACUCGGUCUCUUGUUGUCCCUAGAAUCCAGGGAGUUGUAGCAGCGUUUAGUGACAUAAGCAAGAAGUGCUUUGUUGUGGUUGCCACUGUGGUUGAGAUUUCCCAGUGUGUCGUAUUCAUCCCCGUCUGGAUAAGGUAACAUAUGUUCAUAGUUGUAAUAGUGAUGAAAGCCGUAGUCUCCCCUGUUUGGUUCGAAGGGGGGGACUUCUGAUGUUGCCAUUGUUGUCGAAGGCGAUAUUGUGAGUGAACAAGUGCAGCAGCGUGAGGCCGUAGCGAGGGGCCAACCAAAGUCAACGUAGACUUUGGUUGGCCCUUCCCUCACUACGGCCUCACGCUGCUGCACUUUUAAAGCUCCUGCUGUUCAUUAGGUCUCUGAUUAGAUUGAGCAGAUAAGAAUUCCUCUUUCCAGGGUCAAAAGGGAAGUGUCUAUGUCUAAGUCAUAAAACUUUGGCAAACACUCCUUCUUUAGAUUUACUGGGUGGCAGGCUUUUACUCCAACCCUUCUCUAACAAUCAGCGGCUCAUCAGGACCUUUAGGUUUGGCCACCAAUGGUGGAAAGAAACCAACUCGAUGAGAGAUUUCUGCGAUAGUGUAAUAUGGGUAUGCAGUUGAGUUACGUUCUCUUAUCUCCCAUUUCUCUAACCCCCUGAACCCCCAAACCUAGUGGCCUAUCAGAGCCGAACUAGGUGCAACUCCUUUGCCCACGAGGCCCUGCAUGAUAGUCCUAGAGGGUUGCUACAAUAUAAACAAAUAUAUAAAGACAUAGAAACUAUAAUACCGGUACCCUGAAUGUCUUACCUUGUUUAUGUCUGCAGCAGGCUUGUAGUGAAGUGAGGAGACUACUGACUGAGCCUAUUGACUCUGUGUUGUUUGACUUUGUCCUCUCUUUAGCUGUAGCCUCCCUCUCAACCCUCAACAGGGUCGUCACUAGUUACCUACUUCUAAAAUGUAUCUUCUGAAUAAAAUGUGAUUUUAAACCUAA